AUGUCUCUCCAACUCUCAGACAACCUGGCUCCUCAGCCUAUGACCGAUAUCUUCACCGAUGACACCAACAUUGACCGUCGCAAGUGCCACCGCACUGUGCCUAUGAAGGUGCUGGCUCUUGGUGUUGGCCGCACUGGUACUGCCUCUCUCCGCAAGGCUCUCGAGCGUCUGGGCUACGGAAAGUGCUACCACAUGAUGUGUGCUAGUGUUGAGAACCCACCCGACUGCCUGAUGUGGCACGAUGCCUUGAACGCCAAAUACAAGGGCAUCGGCGAGUUCGGCCGCAAGGAAUGGGAUCAGCUCCUAGGUGACUGCCAGGCCGUGUGCGACUGGCCCGCCUGUGCUUUCGCAAAGGAGCUCAUUGAAGCUUACCCCAACGCCAAGGUUAUCAUGACCACCCGUGACGUUGACCCAUGGCACGCGUCCGUUAUGAAGACCGUCUUCUGGCGUGUCAGUGACCCAGAGCACAAGUUUGUUUCUAACUUCUCUUGGGCCGCUGGCAUGUACUACCCCAUGUUGAACAAGUUCUUCGAGACCUUCUUCCGUGGUGACUUCCAGGGUCAAGGUAAACAGGUCUACAACGAUCAUGUUGAAGAGGUCCGCAGCCUGGUUCCCCCCGAGCGUCUGCUGGAGUACAACAUUAACGAUGGCUGGGGACCUCUGUGUGAGUUCCUUGAGGAGGAAACUCCCGACACUGCUUUCCCUCGUGGAAAUGAUAUGGCCGACUUCUACAAGCGCUGCAGCACUCGUAACCGUCACCAAAUGAUGAAUGCUGCUUUGCAGGCUAUUACUGUUGGCGGUACUAUUCUUGCUACUGGGUUUGCUGCUACUAUGGCUUGGAAGCGCUUCGUUCGUUAA